UCCUGGCCCGGGAUAAAAGGCCGACGUUGUCCCAGGAUCCGGGAGAGCGCUCGCCGGCGUCUAGGAGGUGAGACGUGACCCGGAACACAGCUCAGCGGCAGCGGCGACGAUCUCUUUCCGCACUUCUCUCCAGCGACAUGGACUCCAAGACCGCGCUGCUCCGGCCCCUCCUGCUCCUCCUGUUCUUGCACCUGUCGCCACUAGGCGGUCGCUCCCACCCACUGGGCAGCCCCGGCCCCGCCUCGGAAGUGUCCGUAAUACAGGAGCUGCUGGAAGGGCUGCGGGACACAGUUUCGGAGCUGCAAGAAGAGCUGGGACCCCUCCAGCGAGGCCAGAGCCCUGCAGAAUCCUGGGAGGCCCAGGAGGAACCCCCUGAGGGGGUCCUUGCGCCCCGUGACAAUGUCCUCAAGGCCCUGAAACAACCAGGCAGCCCCAAGAUGAUGCGUGAUUCAGGGUGCUUUGGCCGGAGGCUGGACCGGAUUGGCUCCCUCAGUGGCCUGGGCUGCAAUGUGCUGAGAAAAUAUUAGGAGGAAGUGCUGGCUGCAGACAUCUUCGUCUGAUUCUUCACCAACUUUCUGAGCCCCGUUGAAGCAAUUCUUAUUUAUUUCUAUUUAUUUAUUUAUUUAUUUUGAUUGUUUUAUAUACGAUGAUUCUUACCUCUGAGCACAUAUUUUCCAUGGUGAAAUAAAGUCAACAUUUUAUCAUCUU